ACCUACAAGAAAGAAUAAUUACCACAUAUAGAAAACUCCUUAGGACUAACAGUUCCCAAAGACAAAAACAACUUGUUUAUGCUUAUUAUCUGGGAGAAUUAUUAGAAGAAUAUCCAAAAGAGUGA